AUGCGGUAUAAAUACGGUGGUUCCCCGGCGAUUCUCGGUGCCAAGCCGAUGGAACACGGUUCUGGGCUUCCUUCCCGUCCGGGAAAAAGAUGGUUUCGGGAAACUAUUUUUGCUGUCUUAGAAACCUUUUUACGCGCAUUUUCCCCUUCUGUGACAAAAACAGGACAAUUUCGGAAUUUGAUACAACGACGAAUUAAAGUUGAUCCUUUUUACUUGAACGCCCCGCCCGUUGGGGAACCCAAACCCUGUGAGGUUGAACUAAAAUUGGGGGAGACACUCACAGACUCGAAAUAUGAUCACUUUAAGAAGCUAACUGGGAAACAACACUCACAUUUAUCAGCGGUCUGCAAUAAACGUUUAUCGGACGGUGGGUGGGGAUACUACCCGUUUCCGGGGUCAUGUAAUCAGUACAUACAUUGUGACAAGGACGGAAAUGGAUUUCUGGAGACAUGCGCAGUUGGCACAUUCUUCAACGGACAGAAAUGUGUAAAAGCGGAAGAUGUUAUAUGUCCAUUUGAAUCUGUAGCAUGUUUUGCUGGAACCACGAUGCCGUUUCCGGGGCAACCUCAUCUGUUUUAUUUGUGGGAUGGUCUUGACAGUGUCACUGCUAUGGAGUGUCCACGUGGUCUCUGGUACAAUCCGCACGUGUGCACGUGCGACUGGGUCAUUCCAGGGGAAACCUUUGAUGGUGGCAAAGGAAAUGUUUGUUUUCCGAUGUUUCAUUUUGGAUACAGUGGUAACUUUUUAGAAGAAUACAACAAAGCACCGCAGGCUCCAAAUACCGCUGUAUCAAUAUACAAGAAAUCAGCACUCUUCAGUAAAGGAGGACGUAUUGUUAUAUGGAUGAUGAAUGACAUCGACAUGGACAGCCAGUGGGCUCUAUGUUUCGAGUUUAUGACCCAGACACAAAGUGGCGAGGUAGCCCUAGUGUCCAAUGAUUGGAAGAAAGCAUCGUUUACCUACAAAAUAACGCACAUACCUGAUAAAAACCUUGUUGUCGGGUAUUUCAGGAUGAAAGAUGGAACUAUAGCAGAACUAGUUGUUAUGGGUGUGAUGCCACAUGUCCCACAUUUUCUAAGGGUCGCUAAACUUGGAGCUAUCAUGAAAAUGCGAAUUGACAACAUGCCCCCUGCCACCGUUGCAAUAGGCGCUGGUGUGGCUUCGUCCCCAACACCAAUGGUUAUAGGAGCAGCAAACGGUUGCCAUGGUUUUAAAGGUUUCUUUGAUGAGUUGAAGUUUUUCCGAUGUGUGCCGCCAACAUUUUUCGGGGACUAUAAGGGCAUGAAGUAAGAGACUCGAGACAAAAUGCACGGAAAUUUCGUGCAGAUAUGAUGACACGUUUAUAUGUGCUGCUGAUUUUAAUAUACUAGUUUAUUUAUUAUGUAUUUAUUGGUAGGAAUAUUUAAACACCAACACAAAAUUUAGUUGUUUACAGGAUAAUGUCAAAACAAAAUAAGAUAGAAUGCUCUAUUUUAUGUUUUAAUAAGAAAAGUUUUAAAGUUGUAAUAUUUGAUGAUUUGAAGGUAUUAAUCACAAAAGUUUAAAAAAAUGAAUAUUACGACUUU